AUGAUCAGAUCAGCAACGGUCACCAGAAACCACCCAAACAACAAAGCCGACGUCGCCGCCGCGCUUCUAAAACCCUGCUCCUCCCUCCACCACCUGAAACAAAUCCACGCCCACAUCCUCCGCUCCAAUCUCCACCCCAACGCCUCCUUAUCCUCCACUCUCAUCUCCCUCUACGCCUCCCUCUCCUCCUCACCUAACCACACCCACCGCGUCUUCACCUCUUUCCCCAACCCAAACCUCUCUCUCUUCAACCACGCCAUCAGAGCCUUCUCCAAGACCCCAUCACUCUCUUCCCACGCCACGGCGCUGUACCGCCAAAUGGUUCGGGUCGGGAUCCGGCCCGAUAACUAUACCUAUCCUUUCGUUCUGAAUUCCUGCGCCGCGAGGGGUGAUGUCUGUGGUGGGGUGGAGGUGCAUGGGAGGGUUGUUAAGACCGGGUUUGGGGUUUGCGUGCCGGUUUCGAAUGCGUUGAUUGACAUGUAUGGGAAAUGCGGGGGGUUGGGGGAUGCACGGAAAGUGUUUGAUGAGAUGACUGAAAGAGACGUGGUUUCGUACAACGCGGUUUUGGGGGCGCACGCGAGAGGCGGGGCGGGGAUGGAGAUUGCGGCGGGUUUGUUUGAGGGGAUGCAGGGGAGGAAUGCUAUUUCUUGGAAUGCGAUGAUUGUGGGGUAUGUGAAUAGUGGGGAUGUGGACUCGGCGAGGGAUGUGUUUGAUAGGAUGCCGGAGAGGGAUGGUGUAUCGUGGACUACAAUGCUGGUGGGGUAUACUAAGAAUGGGUUUAUGGAUAGGGCUAGGGGACUGUUUGAUGAAAUGCGUGAGAGGAGUUUGAUUUGUUGGACGGCAAUGAUAUCAGGGUACUCGCAAAGUGGGAGGGCGAGUGAAGCGCUUUCUGUUUUCCGGAGGAUGGAGAAAUCAGGGGUAAAGCCGGAUGAGUUUACUAUGACGGCAGUGAUUUCUGCAUUGGCGCAGUUGGGGCGUUCUGAUCUGGCUGAUUGGAUUGGAUUGUAUGUGGAGAGAGAAGGCAUAGAGCAGAAUGAGCAAGUGCUCACUGCACUGGUUGACAUGCAUGCCAAGUGUGGGAAUGUGGAAGAGGCUUGUCGUGUUUUUGAGAAGAUACCUCGGAAGGAUGUCUUCUCUUACAGUGCAAUAAUCACAGGGCUUGCUUCUCAUGGUCAUGGGAUUAAAGCGCUUGAGAUCUUCCUGAGGAUGCUGGCAGAGAAUAUCAAACCCGAUCACAUCACGUUUGUUGGGGUAUUGACUGCCUGUGGACAUGCAGGCCUCGUGGAAGAUGGAAUGACGUAUUGGGAAAGCAUGGUUAAAGAUUACGAUAUUCAGCCUCGUGCAGAUCACUAUGCUUGCGUGGUUGAUAUGCUGGGACGUGCCGGGAAGCUUAAUGAGGCACAUAGUUUAGUCCAGGGAAUGCCUAUGGGUCCACAGCCUGGAGCAUUGGGAGCUUUGCUUGCAGCAUGUAGAACAUACGGAAAUGUAGAGAUUGCUGAAAGUGUUGCUGAGAAGCUCUUCAGGUUAGAGCCUGAGAAUACGGGAAAUUAUAUGCUACUUUCCAGUAUCUACGCAUCAAAAGAGCAAUGGGAUGAAGCUAGAAAAGUGCGGGAAGCAAUGAACAAGAAAAGUGGAAUUAAGCUUCCUGGCUUUAGCUGGGUUGAAAUUAGCAAAGGCCAUUCAACUCGAUUGAAGAACCAAAUUUAA